GGGAGGGCCCGGGUGUGGGUUGUGGUGUGAGGGAGCCGUGGGGUUUGGCUCAGGGUAGGUACCAGGGAGUGAGGGGUGCUGAGGACCAGGGAACCGGCCGGGCUUGUUGCUGGGGCCUUUAGACACCAUGGCUUAUGGAGCUGUGCUGCCUUGGAGGCCUGGCAGGAGGAGCUGCCACUUAGGGAGAAGGGGGCUAGCGUACUGGUGUUUGCUGCCAAGCUGCACGGGGAUUCUCAUCGUGGAAAUUGAGCUUUGGCACUCCCAGGGGUUGCUUGCCCUCUUUCCCCCUCGACCUCUGCCUGGGGGUGUGGGAGAGUGAGCUCGGGUUCAUGUGUUCCCUCUACCAGGGGACCCCAGGCAUCACCACCGAGCCGGGAGGGAAGGGACAAAGGACUCCUUGCUGUGUGGGAUGCGUGGCUUAGGCAGCUUCAGUGUAGGGAAGGUCUUGUGUUUUUUUGGGGGCAUGACUGUGCACAGUCCCUGUAAGAGGAAUGUGUGUACACAUUCUUCCCAGGUGUUGUGCAACCUGUGUAGCUGUUUUCUUCCUCUUCCUGCCUCCUCUGCUCAGGCUGAUUUGUCUCUCGCUCUGCUGGCAGGGUGGGGGUGUGCCCAGGCUCGUCUCCGAUUUCCCAUUGACUACCCCUAUUCACCCCCUGCGUUCAGGUUCUUGACCAAAAUGUGGCACCCCAACAUCUAUGAGACCGGCGAUGUCUGCAUCUCCAUACUGCACCCACCAGUGGAUGACCCACAGAGUGGGGAGCUGCCAUCCGAGCGGUGGAACCCCACACAGAACGUGAGGACCAUUCUUCUGAGCGUGAUCUCGCUGCUGAAUGAACCCAACACGUUUUCUCCAGCCAACGUGGAUGCCUCCGUGAUGUACCGCAAGUGGAAGGAGAGCAAAGGGAAGGAUCGGGAGUACACAGACAUCAUCAGAAAGCAAGUCCUGGGAACAAAGGUGGAUGCUGAGCGGGAUGGCGUGAAGGUCCCCACCACACUGGCAGAGUACUGCGUGAAGACCAAGACUCCAGCCCCCGAUGAGGGCUCAGACCUCUUUUAUGAUGACUAUUACGAGGAUGAUGAGAUGGAAGAGGAAGCAGACAGCUGCUAUGGUGAUGAGGAUGACUCUGGCAAUGAGGAAUCUUGAUGGCCCCCUGGCACUGCAAAAAGGGCUAUAAACUACUGAAUUUUACCUCAACUAGGACGAACUGGUUUGAAUUUAGGAUCUGUCAGCCCUGAAAUUAACUCUACCUCACAGGGAGACUGUUCUGCUGUUGUAAAGGAAACCCCACCACUGUCUUUGUAGGAAAAAAAGCGAAAAACAGAAGCAAACCCUAUUUUAUAAGCUUACUGAGUGGGGGUGGGUGGGAAUGGGCAAGUCGUGUUGGGGGCAUUUGCAAAUGCACAAAAGCCAGGGAGCUUGUGGCUCUGGCUGGGUUGAGGAGUUCUGGGGAAGCUGGGGUUGGCUGCCCCUUGUUGGGACAUGAUCAGCUCUUUCUGUGGAGGCUGUGAAGCUGGUGAGUGGUCGCUUUGGUAGGAAGCACGUAAGCUUUUGUGCAGCUUUCUACAACCUUCAAGCUGUCUGGAGUGGGAAGGGCUGCAGGGUGGGCACAGCUGCCCCUUCCCUGGGGCAAGGCCGUCCUGCCUGGCUCAGAACUGUCCCUUGUGGGACCCCUCUUCUGCCCUUCCCACACUGCUAGGGCACAGGCCUGGGCCAUUUGUAGCUUUUAACUAGCUGAGAGGGGUGGGAUAGUUCUGACUCUUUCUGCUUCUGAUUGUUUUGUUGGUUUUUUUUUCUUUUUUUUGGAAACUAUUUAAUAAAGUACUUUAAGGGAA